UACAGAGUUACUUGGUAAAAUAGAAAAACCAUAUAGCAAAUCGUUAAUUUGCAAAAUAUCAGUCCAUCAUAUCAAACCGGACUUUCCCUGUUGCAAACAUCAAUCCAUUGUCUCACAUUUCAUUGUUCAUGUGUUUUCUUACAAAUCGCAUUGUGUUCCCGCUCUUUCUUUCUUGAUCUCCUCCCCAUCUUCUGCUGCCAGACAUUACGUUCGUUAACUCGCGUCAUAUACUACUUACGUCAAUAUAAGUAGCACGCACCACAAUUGUACUCCCUGAUUUUCAAAAAUUCUUUAACUAAUAACAAAGUGUUUAAAUCAUUCUAGUUUAAUACUGAUUCGUAGUAUUCACCUGUAAAUUGAAAUAUAACACAAAGAUUUGAAUCAAGCAAAUAACUUCGAUAAACUUAAAACUGAAAAGAUGAACAUCUAGACUGCAAUUCUGAAGGGAACCUAACAAUCAUGAAGCUGCAGCUUUUAUUGUCGCAUAUUUCUCUAUUUUAAGUGGAUUACCUGUAAAAUUAACUCGUAAAGCUGUUAUGAAAUGUAGAGAAAAAUUAGAUAUUACUAAUGAAUAUGACCCUUUAAUUGAAUCAAUGCAAAAUUCGACUACAGCAAAAGAAUUACGUAAUGAUUUAUUCAAAGGUAUAUCUGGUUAUACAGAAGAUAGAUUAAUUGAAGAUUUACGAAAAAUUUAUCAAUUAGCUGAAUUAGAUCCACCAACAUCAUCAGAAAUUUAUUUAGAAACAAGACGUGAAAGUAUAAAAUUAGAAUCAACUACACAAAAUUCAUCUAAUCCAAUUUUUAAACGUUUAUCCAUUGAUAAAAGUAAACAAGAAUCAAAUAAUCAAACAAAUAUUAGUUCAUCUAAUCUACGUGAUAAAACACCAGAACUAGUUGUCCAUGAAUAUGAUAAUAACAAUAUUAAACAAGAUCAACUGAUGAAUACUUCAAUAAAUUCUUCAAUGAUUACACCUCAUCAUUCAACUGAUCAUAAUAUUUCUGUAUUAAAUGAUGCUAAACAUGAUCUACAUCAAAUUGACCAAAUCAAUAAUAAUACAAUUCAAAAUGGUACUAAACAAACUUCAUAUAAUCAUGAUAAAGAGAUUAAAACAAAAUUACCAGAUCCAUUAUAUAAUACCGAUAUGAUUACUACUAAUAAAAUAAAUUCUCAAUCAUUCAUUAAUAAUCAUGAAAUUCAUCAUUCUAAUAGUAUGAAUAAAUUAAAAACCAAUAAAGUAACAAUUAUUUAUGCUCUAUCACAUGAAUCUACAGAAGCUGAUGCUGUGGAACAAUAUUUAAAUAGUACUAGUGCAGAUGAACGUGAUAGAUUACGUAAACGUGUAAUAAUUACACAUGCUUAUUCAAAAGUUGACAAUUCUAUGGAUCAUAUAUAGAAAAUUGAUAAUUCAAUUAAUCAAUUGAAUAUUGAAAAUAACAUACUACAUAUCAUCAUACGUAAUUUUUCUUUUAAAAGAAACGCUCUUUUUUUCUUUUCUUUUUUUUAUAAACAAAAAAAUCUAUAUAUGAUUAGUGUCGUUAAUAUUUAUGAUAGAAAAUUAUCUUCAUUUCUUGUUAUGAACUAAUUCAGUUUCUAUAUCUUUUUAUAUUUAUUAUUAUUAUUAUUAUCACUAUGACGAUUAUGAUUAACGACAAGUUUUUUUUAAAAAAAAAGAAACAAGCACUUCUAUUGAUCAAUACAAAUUUGUUUAAAUCGUUCAAAUGUUUUAUGUUACAUUUUUUUUUUUAAAAAGAAAAGAAAACGCAACGUCCAUAUUUGGAAAGUUUGUUUGUUUGCUUGUUUUUGUUAAAAAUGAUAAUUAGUACCAAAAAAAAGUGAAAUUAUUUUUCAAAGUUAACACUAUGGUUACUUUUUAAAAGAAAACCUUAUGAAUGACAUGAAUAUUUAUUAAGCAUAGAUUGAUGUUUUCUUUUUUCUUUUUCUCUCUCAUGAAAUAGUAUAUUAUAGUGACUUGUUUUAAUUCAUUUACUUUAUCUCUAUGAUUACGUAAGUAUAUUCAUAUUUCUUAAAUAAGUAUUAGAUGUUAAAGAAAUUUACAGAGUUAAUUUAUCAUAACUAUAACAUUUAAGAUAUCU